CAGUGACUAAUCAUUUACUGUUUUUUAGUGAUAAUGCACUGAUUCACUUUCAGACAAUGCUUUAUUCGACAACAUUGUUAAAUAUAUUAUUAUGCUAAGAAAAAGACGUCAAAAUAUGGUACAUUUUAUGAUAUCAAAAUGCGGUACAUGUUAUGACGUCAAGAAUCUGUGACAUUAGAGGUGUGUUCGAGGAAACGUUAUUAGUGCUACGAAACGCCAAUGCUAAUAGUGCCGUUCUGAGAGUUAUUGUGGCGCUCACGGCUAUAAGCUGCUAGAACGUACUUUUUAUGUUUUGUGAGCGUUAAGGCCGCAGCACACACUUUUACAUAACGCAUAAUGCAUAAAGCAUAAGGAAAUCAACCAAUCAGAGUCCUUCAUUUCCAUCCUUCCUUCUCAUUCUGCGGAUCUCACAUAAUGCACAAAGCAUAAUGCAUAAAUAGUCGAAAAAUCCGUAAAGAUGAAUUCUUACGUGCAAGCAGAUUUCAAGAAACUACUGUCUUAUGUGCUAAUUUUUCUAACCUAUUUUAGAAGAUUUCAUCUAGCAAAGGAGAUUUCAUUUAGCAAAUCUAAAAAGAAAAAUAAUAUUGGUUAUUGAAAUGGAUCAUAGUUUUUAUUUUUAUGAUUCUCAAUAUCAAAAUGAUUUUAAUGAAUUAAAUAAUGAAGAUGAUUCACAAAAUGAAAAGGAGAAUUCUUAUGGAAUAGAUCAAAAUGGAAUAGAUGGAGAUGCUUUGCUCAUAUCUUUAGUGCGCAACUAUCCCUAUUUAUAUAAUAAAGAGUUAACUGACUUCAAAGAUAUUAUUAAAAAGCAGAAUGCCUGGACAGAAAUAGGAAAUAUAUUAAAUAUGACAGCGGACGAGUGUCAAUCUAGGUGGACACGAUUAAGAGAACGAUAUGCAAGAGAGAAAAAGCAAAAACAGGAAGAAACAACUACUGGAAGUGGUGCUUCAAAGAGGAAGUCUUUCGAAUUUUUUGAAAAUAUGCAAUUCUUAGAACGAUUUGUUAAGAGAAGAAGAACAAUAUCCAAUGUGUAUAAGAAAAACAUACCUCCAUCAACAAAAUGUAUCAAUCUUCAAAAAAAUUUUGGUUCACGUGGCGGAGAAAACUCAACUUCUUCAAUGAUCGAGUCUACUUUCAUUUUACCAUCUUCAAAAGAUAGCAGUGAAAAAACAAAUCUAUCUUCAAAAGAUAGCAGUGAAAAAACAGAUUCAGAAAAAAAUAUAAUUAAGAUUCAGAUGAUUGCUCAAAUAAUACCUCUUCAUCAGUAUUAA